AUUUACUAUUAAUCUAGUCUAUUGCUGAGAUGUACAUGUUUUAUAGAUAGCACCUUACUUUACCAUUGUGGGUGCUCUAAUUUCUACACUGUCCUUUAGACUAUUCAGUAUACAUAGUACAUCCUAGGUAAGAGUACUGUGUAAUUAAAAAAAAUAUCAACGGACUUUUCUUUUUUUUUUUUUGAGAGCAUCAACGGACUUCUUUGUAAACAGCGUACACGGAAUAACAAGUGGACAAAGAGCAAUUCAAGACAAGAUGGUGAUUUGGCUGACUGCUACACUAAUUGGGAUGAUUUUUUUGAAAAGCGACAUGAUUGGAUUAGCUUGGUCAAGAUACUCGCUGAGCUAUCAUAUAUAGGAAGAAUAAAGUCUUUCUCACAGCCUCUCUGCUUCUCUCUUGAACCCUCUCUCGCCUGCUACAGAAAAAAUCCCCUUUCUCGACCCCUCUUCCUCCUCGAUUCCGGCGGACUCGUCACCGGCGGCGGGAGGAAGAGGGGUCGUCCCCCUCCCCUAGUUUAGUACAGUAGUCGGGCUAAUCUCGUUAGGUCGGGUUCUUCCCGUUCUUUUCUCGUUGGUGCGGUAUGGAAGCUGGAGACGGCGGCUGCGACGUGGAUGCAGCUUGUGACGGCGAUGGCGACGCGGAAACGACCCGAGACGAUGGCGACAGCGCGGAUCCGGUCCGCGGCGGUGGCGGCGGCUUGGAGGCGGUCCACGGAGGCGGUAGCUGCUCGGAUGCGGUUCACGGCGGCGACUUGGUUGCGGUCCACGGAGGCGGCGGCUGUGCGGUUGCGACCCGCGGUCGAGGCGGCGGCUGCGGCUGCGCGGCUGCUGCCCGUGGCGGCGGCGGCUGCACGGAUGCUGCUCGCGGCGGCGGCGCCUGCGAGGUUGCGGCUCGCGGCGGCGGCAGCUGCGCCGUUGCUCCUCGCGGCGGCGGUGCUGUGCCAAUGCGGCCUGCGACGACCGCUGUGGUGCGGAUGCGACCUGCAGUGCUGGCGUGGAUGCGGGUUUAUCGUUUCGGGUUGAGCACAGAUUGGAUUUGCAAUCUUGGUUUGCAGGAUUACAGUAUGAGCUCCUCAGAUUCAACGAUGAACUCCGUGGAAAUCUUUUGCGGAGUCCGGUGAUGCUUACACCAAAAUCUACGGCUUCGCAGCAAACCUCUCAUAUGUGUCGUUUCCGUGGAGGCAACCGUAGGGGCUUUCCGGUUUGUCAAGCGGAGUGCACAUCAAUAUAGGCCCUCGGAUGCAGUCGUCGCGGCAUUGCCGUAGUACCCUGUGGAUUUGCUCCAUUGCUGCUUAGUUUCAUUAGGAAGUUUGCUUCCUUUUUUCAGCUGACCUCUCUUGUUAAAGAUGGUCCAACUCUUAUGUUUAUCCUGGGUGAUGUUUCGGGAAUUCAAUUCCCCUAAACGCUGUCUUUUAAUAAAGUGUGAUGUGUUUUCAAAAAAAAAAAAAGUCUUUCUCACAAACUAAGCUAUGACCUGCACUCAAAAAAAAAUAAAAACUAAGCUAUGACCAUUAUUGGCAAAACAUAGGAUGGUCUAGUUGCAUAAAAAACUCACCAACUUGGACGGCCAUAUGUUAGACUAUUUGUCAUUUUUUCAGACGAUUACGUAUACAUGAAAGAAGCCCCCGCUUGAAUGGGUGAAUGCUAAUGCUGAUGGGGCAUUUAUAACUUUGAACAGGCAAGGUGUAGUUGGUGUGGUACCGAUUGAUAGAAGGCUCCUUUAUCAGUGGUGCUUGAUAAUUUCUACCGUCAGUUAAGAAUGCUUGUUUUCCUGAUCUAAUAGCGUGCAAGAGGGCGAUAGAACUAGUCUAAUGGUGGUGGUGUAGCGAGAAUGCUGCAGGAUAGGACAACAUAUCAGUACAAAGUUCUCAAAGAACAACUUCUCUCUUUAGGAAACAAAGGUUGGAUGGGUUCGACACUACUAGAAAAAUGAUUUUUAGCGACGUUGACCUUUUAUUUUUUCCCGCGGGUAUGACUUUCGGAGCCAAAUGGCCGCCUACGAAAAUAUAAACCGGUGAAGCUUACCGUUCGUCUACGAAAAUCAAUUUUUCCAGGCGGACCACUUAAGAGAUCCACCAGUGAAAAUGCAUUUAUUUUCGUAGGCGGACCUCUUAAGUGGUCCAUCUAGAAAAAUACUCCCUCCGUCCAAGUUUGAUCGUCAUAUUUCAAAAAAUUGUAUUUUCAAUUUUGAUCGUCACAUUUGCAGUCGGCAGCCGUUCCAUCUCGUCCGAUGCGCUGGCCGUUCCUAUUCGCGUGCGAAAUUAAUCAGGUUGCGCGCGGACGCCUCGGGAGCAGUCUAAAAAAGCUUGUUGCAUGCAUGCAAAAUUAAUGGCAAUCACAGUUAGCUACAGAUCAUUGGUUCCGUCGUGCAUGCAUGGGCCAUUAUGAUUAGAUAGAUGUAAGUGCAAUAAUGAGUAGAUUAGAAAGAUGAUAAGUGCGUUUCCUGUCAUUGGUCUGUGUGUCAAGCCAAAAUAUGACGAUCAAACUUGAACGGAGGGAGUAUGAUUUUUGCAGGCGGAACCUUAUGUGGUCCGCCUGCAAAAAUAAUGCCUACCUAAAAAAUCUAAGUCCUAACCCCAUCCUUAUCUUCUCUCCCAUUUUAUCCUCUCCAGCACCACUCAUUUUUCCUUCUCUCUCUCAUUUCUGGCUCCCUCCCCUCCCCUCCCCUUCCUUCCCUCCCCUCCCAGAUCCGUCGGAGGGGAGGGGCGGCGGCGGCGGCGUGGGUGGAGGGGGUCUUCGGCAGCGAGGAGGCGAGGCAUGGCCGAGCGAGGAGGAGGCGGCGGCGCAGGUGGAGGGGGUCAUCGGUAACGAGGAGGCGAGGCAUGACCGAGCGAGGAGGCGGCGGCACGGGCGGAGGGGGUCAUUGGCAGCGAGGAGGCAAGGCACAAACGACGAGGAGCCGACAGCGAGGGCGGAGGGGGUCAUCGGUAGCGGCGUGGGCGGAGGGCGUCGGCCGCACGAUGAUGACGGCACCUACCGCGCACGCGACGACGACGACUACCGCCGGCCGCAUUGCUACCCCUCCCCUCUCCUCUCCUCCCAGAUUCGGUGGAGGAGAGGGGCGUCGGUGGAGAUGCAGGCGGAGGGGUCGAUGGCGGCGCGGGUGGAGGGGAAGGGCGUCGGCGGCAGCGCAGCCGGAGGGGAUGUGCGGCUCCCUCCCUCUCCUCUCCCUCAGCUCUACUCUCCUCCGCCGUCGGCCGCGAGGACGACGACAGCCGCCGCAGGAAGAGGGGGAGCCAGCUGGCGGCGCUCACCUCUAGCAGCAGCGGCGAACGGAGCAGGAGAGCCAUCGAGGGGAGGGGGAGGCCGGCGGCGGCGCCGAUGGCGGUGUUUGUUUUUUGUUGACUGGAAAUAUUUUCGUAGGCGGGUGGAUUUACCGCCUAUGAAAAUAGAUGCCGCCUGCAAAUACAUUUUUUCUAGUAGUGCGACAAACGGUGAAUCAUGUUCACUUCCUAUCUUCAGUCUUAAAUUUGAUCUGAGACAUCUUGCCAAACAAAAUUGGAUCGCUCAAACAAAAUUCGAUGGCUCCUUAACUGGCACCUCUGAAGAACGUGUUCUUCCUGCGUCUUUCAUUUUAAAUUUCAUUUGAUCUAAUCCAUGGCCAGAUAACAUACAUCAUCAUUAAAUAGAUAAAUCAAACUCACCGAACUUUAUGAGUAGAAUGAUUUCUUCUUUGUCAUCUUA